AUGCAGCAGAGUCCGGGGGGGAGCAGAAGAAGAAGAAUAAGAAGACAAGGGGUUGAAACGCACAUCUCAGGGGUCAAAGGUUAUCUGAACCUAACCAAACACCUGCCCCUUUUUGUCUUACUUGGAGAACUUUCAAGUGUGGCGAAUAAGAGACCCUACGCCUCUGAAGCUCCGCCCCACCUCAACUCGUUGCAUCUCUGUGAGAAUGUACUUCUGAGGGCUACCAACACCGUCACCCGCCCUCACACGUACACACCCCUCGACCGCUCUCCUCCCCCCUCCCCCACGGGUGUGUUAAAUUUAUUUUUUGUCCUAUUUUUACACUAG